UAUUGGUAUGCAUUCAUUAGGAACUAUAGUAUUCAGUGCAACUAUUUUAGAGCAUUUGGUUCAUGUGGCCAUUGAGUUCAGGUCGUGGUCUAUAUUACACUUACUGGCCAUCAGUUUCAGUAUUGUUAGCUAUUUCUCAUUCGCUUACAUCUAUAACUACCUAACACUGGGAGGAAUGUUUACAUCCGAUGCCUUUAUGGUUAUUCAGAACGUGAUGUCUAGGGGUAUAUUCUGGAUUACCCUUUUGUAUAUCUUAAUAUUGGCGCCAAUGCCCAGACUUAUAUUACGAGUAUUCCAAACGAGUCUAACUCCCAGUCCUAUCACUCAAGCCGUCAGAAUAAAUAAAGAAGUGAUGGAAAAGGAAGUGAAAGAGGAGUUCCUAAACAACGCGCCCAACAAAAAGCCCUCCAUUUCUGCCGUUUGGACCAAAAAGACGAGUUCAGCGAUUAUGACGAACACCGCAGACGUCAACAAACAAGUAGACCUCCAGCCGAAGCUCGACUCAAACAAAUAACACUUAUUGACACACAUUUUGCUAAUUAAUUC